AUGUCCUGCUGUGGCCCCCUCGUGUUUAGCCCCAUCUGGCUAGCAAUUCUACUGCUCCCCCUAGUGGACCUGGGAUGCUGGGGGUUGAGCUCAGGGGUCGGCGCCACAACAUCGGAGCCCCGGAAGGCCCCUGGAGGCCCUUGGGAAAGCCUGCAAAGACAGAAAAGAAACUGGGUGUGGAAUCAGUUCUUUGUUCUGGAGGAAUACACCGGCACUGACCCGCUUUACGUCGGCAAGCUCCACUCAGACGUAGAUAAGGGAGAUGGAAAUGUGAAGUAUGUCUUGACCGGCGAGGGCGCAUCCUCCAUCUUCACCAUCGAUGAAAACACAGGGGAUAUUCACGCCACCAAACGCCUGGACCGCGAGGAGCAGGGAUACUACACCCUGCGGGCGCAAGCCGUGGACCGCGACACCAACAUUCCAGUGGAGGACGAGUCGGAGUUCAUCGUCAAGGUGCAGGACAUCAAUGACAAUGAACCGAAGUUUCCAGAUGGACCGUACACAGCUGGAGUGCCCGAGAUGUCUCCUCUUGGCACCACGGUGGUCCAGGUGGCGGCGACGGACGCAGAUGACCCCACAUAUGGCCACAGCGCAAGAGUCGUGUACAGCAUCAUCCACGGGCAGCCGUACUUCUCUGUGGAGCCCAAAACAGGAAUCGUACGGACAGCGCUGCCCAACAUGGACCGUGAGACACGGGACCAGUACGUGCUAGUCAUCCAGGCCAAGGACAUGAUGGGUCAGCUCGGCGGCCUGUCCGGCACCACCUCUGUAACGGUCACUCUGACUGACGUCAAUGACAACCCGCCUCGUUUCUCUCGCAAGCUGUAUCAGUACUCCGUGCUGGAGUCUGUGCCUGUGGCAUCUGUGGUGGCCAGACUGAAGGCAGCAGAUGCAGAUAUUGGAUCCAACGCUGAGAUGGACUACCGCAUAGUGGACGGAGACGGCCCCGGCAUGUUCAACAUCACCACGGACGAGGAGACGCAGGAGGGAGUCAUCAUUCUGCAGAGGCCUCUAGACUACGAGACGAAAAGCACUUUCUCUCUGAGGAUCGAGGCCACUAAUCGGAAUAUUGACCCCCAGUUCCUGACCUUCGGGCCCUUCAGUGACAUGACGGUCAUAAAGGUCAAUGUAGAAGAUGUGAACGAGCCGCCGGUCUUCACCACUCCGGUCAUUAAGAUGACGGUGUCUGAAGCUGCCAGGGUGGGCACCACCAUCGGCACGGUCUUAGCUCACGACCCCGAUUCCGCCAGCAGCACAAUCAGGUACUCCAUAGACCGGAACACGGAUCUGGAGCGCUACUUUAAUGUGGAUGCUACGACUGGGGUCAUCAGCACAGCCAAGCCGCUGGACAGAGAGGUCAACUCGGUCCAUAACAUCACCAUCUUUGCCAUGGAGAGCCAGGACCCGUCUCAGGUGGGAAGAGGCAUAGCUGUCAUCACGGUGAUGGACAUAAAUGACAACGCUCCAGUCUUCGCCAUUGAAUAUGAAACGCGCAUGUGUGAGAAUGCAUCACCUGGACAGGUGAUCCAGACCAUCAGCGCGGUGGAUAAAGACGAGCCUCCCAGUGGCCAUCGCUUCUACUUCUCCCUCGCUCUUCCUGCAGGCAGCAACCACAACUUCACCCUGAGAGACAACAAAGAUAACACGGCGUCUGUGCUGACGAAGCGGGGUGGGUUCCGCCGGAGGGAGCAGGCUUUGUACCAGCUGCCUGUGCUGAUAGUGGACAGUGGAAGCCCCGCCCUCAGCAGCACUAACACGCUGUCGGUGCGAGUGUGCGACUGCGACGGAGACGGCGUUCCUCAGGCGUGCGGCGCCGUGGCCUACACACUCCCCGCAGGCCUCAGCACCGGAGCUCUGCUGGCCAUCCUCGGCUGCAUCUUCACUCUGCUGGUUCUCGUCUUGCUGAUCGUGACGAUGCGGCGGCGGCGGAAGGAGCCCCUGAUCCUGGAGGACGAGCGAGACGUUCGGGAGAACAUCGUCCGCUACGACGACGAAGGUGGCGGCGAGGAGGACACGGAGGCUUUCGACAUGGUCACCCUGCGCAACCUCAACAUCAUGCGCGAUCCCAAAGUUAGGCGGGACGUCACUCCCGAGACCCCCACGUUCUUCUCCUACCCGCCGACCUCGGCCUCCAGAGCGGCGUACAAGGCGCUUCCGGACAACGUCCUGUUCCGAGAGUUCAUCUGGGACCGGCUGAAGGAGGCCGACGUGGACCCUACGGCGCCGCCGUACGACUCGCUGCAGACCUACGCCUUCGAAGGCACUGGUUCGGUGGCGGAAUCGCUCAGCUCGCUCGAAUCUCUGAGCUCGGACUCAGAACAGAGCUACGACUACCUCAGCAACUGGGGGCCGCGCUUCAAAAAACUCGCAGACCUGUACGGAACGAUGGAAGGUAGCGGCGUUUUCUCGUAG